AUGCCAAGUGCGCGAGCGCUUCCUAUACCAAGCACCAGCGCCCCUUUUCCAUCCUCCUGUAACAAUGUGCACAAUUGCAGGACAUUGUGGGACAUCGUCACAAGCUGCAUGGCGACUGUGUUCUCGUGCACCUGGGUGGCUAUCCAUCCUAACAUUCCCGCCAUCGACGAUAAAUGGUGGACCAUCUCUUUUCGGCGGGCGAAGCUCAUGGUUCUCGCCUUGAUCGCACCGGAGCUUGUGAUUCUGUGGGCGAUGCGCCAGUGGUAUGUCGCACGAGACUUGGCGAAGCGGUACCAAGGUCGUGGUUGGACACUUACUCAUGGAUUUUUCGCUGGCAUGGGAGGAUUCAUGCUGUCUCAUGGAAAUACCUCGUUUACUCUCGGACCACAAGACUUCAAUGAUCUGCUUACAAUUGGGGCAAUUGACUUCCCUACUGUUACCGAAGAUCAGAUCGACGACAAGAACAAGAGCGACACGCUAGCCAAAGCCCUGGCAGCCCUCCAGCUGAGCUGGUUUAUGUUCCAGUGCAUUAUGCGGACAGUGGAGCAUCUACCGCUCACCGAACUCGAGGUCAUGACUCUGGCAUUUACUAUCUUGACCAUGCCCUCGCGCGCGUUCUGGUGGCAGAAGCCCCUCAACGUUCGCUUACCCGUGCCGGUCAAGAUCCGCGACUACUCAGCGAUACUUAUCCUGAAGGGUGAACAAGAGCUCUCGGAAAAACGGGACCCUCCAAAAGAACAAUACUCCCCGAGUUUUGGUAUUUGUGUCAUAGACGAUCUCGUCACCUUCAUUGCCCAUCCAGUGUGCGAAACCGACGGAACCUUCAGCCUUGUCAAGCCAAACAGCUCCAGAGUCCGCACCCUGUUCGCUGGAGAGACGACCCCUCAGGAAGAUACAGCCAUCUACAAUUUCAUUGGAUGCGUUGCCAUGGUCUUCGGAGCCAUUCACUGCAUUGCCUGGUCAUCCGAAUUCACGUCUGACAUAGAGCUGUUAUUGUGGCGUGUGUCCUCUGCCGUCCUCAUAGGUGUGCCCGCGCUUCAUCUGGUAUGGCAUUUUUUGUUACAUAUAGACUCCCUUAGCAAGACCUUGCAGCGGAUGAGCAGUUAUGUUGUUCCCACCACAUCUGUUCUUUAUGCUCUCGCUCGUUUCACGUUGAUAUUCCAAUCAUUUGCCUCUUUGCGUUCGCUCUCUCCAGGAUCGUACGAUGCUACAAGCUGGACGGCUUACAUCCCACACCUUUGAUGACUUUUCCGCUUCUUGACUUUCCCGCUUUUCGACUUUCGCUCUCCUAAAUUUCGCUUGUGAUUAUUUAUUGAUCCUGAUAAUUCGGAUAAUAUAUCAAAGAUGCUAUG